AUGGCGACUUCAAACCCCCUCGGCAUAGCUACCUGGAUGCUAUGGGGCCUAUCGUUCGUAUCGUAUGCGUGCGCUUUCUACAUCCCUGGCUACUCAGUCACUCGAUACAACGAUGACCAACCCAUCCCACUCCUCGUAAACAAGAUCUUCUCCGACCAUACUCAGUUACAAUAUGCCUACUUCGACCUUCCCUUCGUUUGCCCACCCAGUGGUAAGACACAUGGCGGUUCGCCUUUUGGAUCUGGUCAGAGUAUCUCUCUGAACUUGGGCGAAGUGCUACGGGGUGACCGUAUCAUGACCUCCGACUUCGAACUCACAAUGGGCAAGGAUGUCGAAUGUCAAGCACUUUGCACUCGCGAGGUUAGCCGUUCGAAUGUCAAAUGGGCUCGCAACCUUAUCAAGGAGAACUACGUGAUUGAAUGGAUCGUAGAUAAUCUUCCUGGUGCGACUAGCUUUGUAACUGUUGACCGAAGCCGAAGAUACUAUGCCUCCGGAUUCAAGCUUGGAUACCGUGACAUCUCCCCGACUUCUGGUCAGUCGCGAUAUUUCAUUAACAACCACUUCACAAUUGUCAUCCGCUGGCGGAGCGCACCUGAGGGAGGCAAGGUGAUCAAUGGAUUCGAGAUUUAUCCCAAGAGUAUUACUGCGGCAGACCGCAAAGAAGGCGGCUGCCCAGCAGAUGUCCAGAAGGACCAUGAAGGACUCGGGUUGUACAUUGCGCCGGAUGAGUCCAAACUAAAGCAGAAGUACGCCGGGCUUUCAUAUAUCCCGGAAGACGACGACGAUGAUGAUGAUGGCGCAACAUUGAAAAUCCCGUACACCUACUCAGUUUACUUUCGCGAGGAACCGAAGAUCGAAUGGGCCAACCGCUGGGACUUGUACUUCACAAACCAGGAAGAAGGGUCUAUGACACACUGGCUAGCUAUCGUCAACUCUUUGAUUAUUUCCACUGUACUUGGUGUGACCGUAUUCGUCAUCUGGAGCCGGACUGUUCAAGGCGACAUCAAGGGCCGGGGCGAUGGAGCCAUGGAGGAGCGGAAACUCAAAGGCCAGUCUCGUCGCAAGCGAUCUGCUGAAAAGAAGAAUGAGGGACUACUCGACAACGCCGAUGUGGAAAAUGAUGCUGAUAUGUCAUCUGAUGAUGAGCCCUUCGAGGACACCAGUGGCUGGAAGCUCCUCCAUGGCGACGUCUUCCGAAUUCCAGAAUACAGUGGUCUCUUAGCCCCACUAGUUGGAUCUGGUAUGCAGUUAUUAUUCAUGGCAACAGGUCUCCUUGCUCUUAGCUGCCUUGGUGUUUUGAACCCCAGCUUCCGUGGUGGAUUUGUCAGUGUUGGCAUGGGCCUGUUCGUGUUUGCUGGAUUAUUCUCGGGUUACUUCUCUGGACGACUUUAUAAGACCUUCGGUGGAUCUGCCUGGCGAAAGAAUACCUUAAUUACCGCCUUGCUUUUCCCCGGAUUAGCAUUCUUCUUAGUCCUAAUCCUCAAUUUGUUUGUUUGGGCCCAGGCCUCCAGCACAGCAAUUCCAUUUGGUACUUUGAUCGGACUACUGGCUCUCUGGCUACUUAUUCAAGUUCCCCUGGUGUACCUUGGUAGCUGGGCCGGAUAUGUACGAGCGAAGCCUUGGGAGCAUCCUUUGAAGACCAACGCGAUUGCACGUCAGAUUCCCCCACAGCCAUGGUACUUGAGCGGCCCUGCAGGCCCUAUCCUGACCGGGUUGGUUCCCUUUGCUGUGCUCUUCAUUGAACUGUUGUUUGUAUUCAAAAACCUCUGGCAGGACAAGAGCGGUUACUACUACGUCUUUGGUUUCCUUAGCGUGGUCUCUGCUGUACUCAUAGUCACUGUCAUCGAGGUAACUGUCAUUGCGACAUAUAGUCAGCUUUGCUCCGAGAACUACCAUUGGUGGUGGCAAAGUUUCCUGACUGGCGGUAGCAGUGCUUUUUGGAUUUUCGCGUACUGCAUCUGGUACUACCUUUUCAAACUACACGUCACUGGCUUUGUCUCUACUUUGCUGUUCUUCAGCUACAGCUUCCUUGCCUGCACAGUCUACUUCUUGCUCACCGGUACUGUCGGAUUCCUGGCUGCAUAUGCCUUCGUUCGUCGGGUCUACAACGCGAUCAAGGUUGAUUAA